ACGUAAUUUACAACCCGCUCUGAGAUCUGUCCCCCCCUCCUCAGUGACAGGCAGAGCAGCGGGCUAGCAGGCUGGAGCAGCAGAUGUUGAAAACUGCUCCCAUGUCGGAGGUCCAGUAACCGGACGGGAGGCAUGUUUACUUGUUUACAUGUUUACAUCCACGCGGCUUUCAGAGGCGGGGAUGUGCGCGCGCCGUCAACUCUGCUGUUGCUGCGGGCGCGUGAGCAGCUCGGAAUAAACGAGACCCUCUGACAAGUGGAAAAUACUGGAUUCUAUUCCUGAAAGAAAUAUCGAGCCAACAGUAGAUAUUUAAAUGUCAAGAAAUAAAGGGAUCCGCGGAGAAAAGGAUGGACAGUUAAACAUUACUAGUAACCCUGUAUGGUGUGGAGGAAUGAGGGCCUCUGGAUGAAGGCCAUGGAGCUGAAAGUGUGGGUGGAUGGAGUCCAGCGCAUCGUGUGCGGGGUCACAGAGUUCACCACAUGCCAGGAGGUAGUCAUUGCUUUGGCUCAAGCCAUUGGACGAACUGGCAGGUACACCUUGAUCGAAAAAUGGCGCGAAACAGAACGUCACCUGGCCCCGCAUGAGAACCCUGUGGUAUCCCUCAACAAGUGGGGUCAGUAUGCCAGCGACGUCCAGCUCAUCCUUCAACGGACCGGCCCCUCUGUCAGUGAGCGGCCGACGUCUGACGGGCAGUCUCGCGUCCCAGAGCGGAGCUUCUACCGGCAGAGCCUACCUCCAUUGGCCAAGCUCCGCCCAUUAGGGACAGACCGCUCGCUCAAAAGAAGGGAACCCAAGCGCAAGUCUCUGACCUUUACUGGAGGGGCAAAGGGUCUGAGGGACAUAUUUGGGAAAGUCAGAGAUGCUGAAGCCAAACAGAGCCAGCAGCGUGGUGUGAGUCUCAAUCUGAACAGGGUUGGAGGUGUUGGAGUAGCGUCCGUACCUGGGAGUCCAUCCAGAGAGCUGAGGCGGUUGGUGCAGCUGCAGAGAGACAAAGUUCAGGCCCUGGAGAGUCGUCUGCUGGGCUGCAAGGCAGAGCUGCAAGACUGGGAGGAGGCCACCGGCGAGUCCAAUGAAGAGGCACAUUUAGAAGAGGAGCUGCUGCUUUUAGAACAGCAGGUGAGGAGGAACGAUGCAGAGAUGGAGGAGGAGGAAUUCUGGCAGAACGAGCUGCAGAUCGAGCAGGAGAGCGAGCGACAACUCCGGCAACAGCUCGCCGAGCUGCAGGGUGGCGUGCGCGACUGUGAGGCCAAGCUCUCAGAGUACUUAACACGCAUACAGAGUAUGGAGGCAGGUCUCCAACAGGAGCAGCAGUUGCAGGAGGCGGAGCUUAACCAGAAGGUCAAUGAGGAGGAGGUGCAAUCACAGCUGGAGAAAAUGAGCACAGAGCUGGAAAAGCAGAGCCAACACACGGCCCGGCUGGAGAGCAGCUGCAAGGCGUUGGAACGCUCACUUGGCCAGUCCAGCAAGAGAUUACAGGAAAAAGAGCAGGAGCUGGAGCAGCUGACAAAAGAGCUCCGACAGGUCAACCUGCAGCAGUUCAUUCAGCAGACUGGUACCAAGGUCACCGUGUUGCCCGCUCUGCCUGCAGGAGAAAACAACAAAGAAGUGGAGUCUGGUUCUCUGAAGCGACUUGGCUCUUCUCGGCUUUUGCCCAGCGACCUCCGCGCUCUUCAAAGCACCAUGUCCUCCAGCCUCAACCCCGAGGGCAUCUACGUUUGAUCCUUAAAAAGACUGUUCAGCCUGCAGCGUGAUUGGAUGUUACCAGGACCUCAAACUUAACUUCACAAACUGCUGAAAAGAAAAAGUGAGGACGAUGUUAAAACAUCUUAAGGAUGAAGACAGUUCUGAGAGAAAGACUUUCAUAUGUUUUGCUUCUUUUUCCAUCUUUGAAGGACAGAGACUCAAACUGAUGCCAGUAUUCAUCAUAAAAUCACUCUCAAGUCUACAAAAGCUCCAUUUUAACAGUUCAAAACAAAUACAAGCUAGCAGAACUAUUGUUGUCAAACAGUGCAGAUUCACUUAAUUUUGAUGUUGGUUAAUCUUCAUUUCAUUUAUUAAAGGUCACAUUUGAUGCAUAUUAUGCAUGUUUUUCUAACAGGAAUAUGUGUAUAUGAAAGUCAAGACCAUCUCCUUCCAGAGAGGGGGCGUGGUCAGAUACAGCUCAUUUACAUAUUUAAAGGUACAGACACACAAACAGCCUGUUCU